AUGCAGGAUCACUUCACAACUCCUGCUCGUGCAGCCGAUGAAUGUUCCUCUCCUCAUUACUACUUCACCGUCAUUGUCACAUCCAUGUACACUCCUCCUCCGCCUCCCCGCCCCUCCACUUUCUCUCCUUUGCCUGCAGGCACCACAACCGACACUGCAGCCCAACUUGAACACUUUCUUUGCUACCACAGUGCCAACUUGUGCAUCGUCUUUUUGGCAAGGCAUGGUGUACUCACCACCAUCUUCCUAGCACGCAAUUUCAGUCUCCAAGUCUACACACAAAGUAUGGCGGACGACGCGUGCGUAGAGUUGACGAAGUUCUGA